UUCAGCUUCAUUGUCAAGGCUGUUCUUUGAAAUUGGAUAGUGUGGGAGAUUUCACGUCCAAGCUAAACAUGAAAGUACAAGUUGAGGGUGGCUCUGUGAUAAAAGACGUAAUUGUGCCCAAAGAUUUCGGAACCAAAGAUUGCAACUCACCUGUUGAAAGUUGCUCUGGUGUUCCUCAGUUACAGAUUGAAAAUGACAAAAGCGAUUACCAACAAGAUACUUGAGUAGAGCAGAAUAAUUUGAAGAGUGAUAAGUUGAGAUAUUGGUGUCAUAUGAGAGUACCAGGAUACUAAUCCCGGAUCUUGUUUGAAUGGAACCUUGCUUGCAAACAACAUUUCCUGCAAGGUAUUUGGGGAAAUUGUUCAUGAGGUUGGUUUAGAUGACUGUGAUGCCUGUGGAAUUGAAUCAAAGAGUUCCGAAGUAGCAGCAGCAAUGCAUGAUGGCAAUCUUUGGUUCCGGUAUGCAUUCCUUAGGAACAAAUGCAUACCGGUUCUCCAUUUCCUGGGCUAGAAUUCUACCUGAUGGGAUGCUCGGCUCAGUCAAGCCAAGAGGGAUCAUCUUUUAUAAUAAACUUAUAGACCAUCUUCUAAGCAAAGGAAUAGAGCCAUUUGUGACACUUCACCACAAUGACCUGCCCCAAGUACUAGAACAAAGAGACGGGGGUUGGCUCAGUCCGCUAUUAAGGGAAGAGUUUGCACCUUUUGCCUCCAUAUGCUUUGAGAGGAAAAGGCUGACUACUUAAAAAUGGAAGUUGUAUGAAUAAUAAGCUGAGCAAUCGAGCUGGUUCUGUGGAGUCUUAUUAAUCUGGUCUUGAUUAAGGCCGAAAGGC